AUGGGCUACGAGCCACUCCAUGGAUCAUGCUCCUGUGGUCGCAAUGAGUACCAAAUUACGAUCCCUGAUGACGUGACAGAGCAUGCACAGGUUUACUUUGACAGCAGCAGAGAUAAUCGCCGAUUCCACGGCACGCCAUUAUCGGCCUGGCUUCGUGUUCCACUGGACUGGUAUCAGUCCCACACUACUUCUUUUUACCCCGACGAGACUCACGACUCAAUUCGCCGCAUCUUCACCCCACACCAUGCUCCACAAACUCGGCGCAUCUUCUGCGGUUUUUGUGGUACGCCGUUGACCUUCUGGACUGAAGAGCCUGCCGAAGAAGCGGAAUUCAUGUCGAUUGCAAUUGGGAGUCUGCUCGGGGAGGAUCAGCAUGCCUUGGAGGACCUUGACCUGCUACCGGAUGACUUUGAUGAGGAUGCACAGCACGCCGAUAUCUCGACUUCGUCUGCUCUUACACCUUCCCAAGGAGAAACAUCUGUUAUUGUACCCUCUUUCUCAGAUGAGCCGGUCCUAUCCCGAAGCUUCCGACGUGGUAAGAUUGACGGCAUUCCCUGGUUUGAAGAGAUGGUAGAAGGAAGUCGACUUGGUCGAUUGAUGCGGGCGAAACGUGGAAAGGGAGUUAGCGAUGAUAACUCUACUUCAUUCGAAUGGGAGAUUAGUGAAUGGCAUGACGAUGGCACCCGUGGCAUUUCACAAGAAGAAUCUGACUCCAGUGAUAAAGCCACCGGGAAAAGAAAAAGGGGGAACCAAGGGGAUGCCCAACCUCGAUCAAAACGAGCAUUAGACUAA